AUGGCAGUAUAUACAGGCCGAAGUGCUGCCACCUUCCAUCCCAGGCACUUCUAUGUUAGGCUUCCACUUCGAUCGCGCUUCGUACAAUGUCCAUCCCAUCGAAAGUCCCGCGCCAAGCGCAGUCAAAAAAAACAUGACUACAGACAAACGGAAGGGUCUGAACUCGACUUGAAUACACGCUCGAAUGUGCAUUGUAGGCGUCUAAGCAUCUACUUGGCGAUCACGAGCUCAAAGAUGGCACCACGUACCUGGCUCACUGCCGACCAACAAUCUUUUCUCUUGACAUAUCGUGACGAGUACCUUGAAUGUCAAAAAAAAGGCAACUACUCUAACUUUUGGCCACCAUUCUUUGAAAAAUGGGAGGAGCAGUGGCCUCCAAGGGCUUCCCUGAAUCCAGCUGUCCCUAUGGAUCAGCCGCUGACACCAGAACAGUUGACGCAGGAGGCUGAAAUCAGGACGGCAGUUCAGACGCGUUUGAUAGUCAAAUUGCGCAAUGACAAUGGUCAUUCUAAAGCUGCGCGCAAAGCAAACGGUGCCGGUAAUUCCGUUGUCAACAAACUUCUCAAGAGUAUCGUCAAAGGCCCCACGACAUCCCGAACACGGCUCCUUAAAGAAAGCGAAGUCUACGCCAAGAAAUAUUAUGCAUCUCGAGUCCAACCUUGCAUAAAAGAUGAGCUUAACGCCAUGAAAGAACAAUCGAAUCCCCCCGAACCGAAGAAGGCAAACCUUCGCGUAAUUCACAAACAUGUUGCGCAAUGCUGGGAGAGCGAGUCUGCCGACGUGAAGGAAGAAAUAUCGCAACUUGCCAGAGAGAUGAGGGAAGCAAGACUUGAGGCAGCGAAGGGGAAAGAACCACCCGACAUAACCACUGAAGAAAUUGUACCGAGACUUACGGAAAUUCUGUCGACGUUCUUCGGAGAGCUCCACGAGGCUACAGGAUGGACUUUCAGUGUCCUGCUCGGUGGGCCUGACCCAUCAAACGAAGGCGCGAUCGAUGUCAGUAGCUUGCAUGUAGGAUCAACGAAGCUAGGCAAUCGCUUCAACCAGGCGUUCGCAAAGUUAACGACAAUGUCAUGGUACCCUACUAUGAAUUCGUUUCUCAUGUUUUUCAUAACUGAGGCUACUCUUCAGAAAGAAAUGGCAGCCAAGUGUCUGGAGGGUGAAGAUCUACUCCGCUUUUCCGCCGCUCCAGACGAUAUUCCCACAAUGGACAAUUUAUUGGCACCAAACAUCCCUUCUUUGCGGCCUGAUCCGGAUGUCUUCUGCUUCAAGACCAGCUCCGAAUCAGAUUUGCCCACUCUGCCUAUGCCGGAUGGGUACAUUCCCUCCCCUCCUCCACCUCUACCAUAUGCAAAGGACACGUCUCCCUCCAUUUCCAUGUUUUUUGAUGGGAAUUCGAAUCUUGACUCUUUCGAGGAUGCUUUACACGACAUGCAGUCCCAGGGUGCCGCGACGGAGAUGCUAUGUUCCCCUCCCCGUAUUCAUUAUCAGUUCGGCCACUCUUCCCCUGGGCCUGCUCAUGUUGGUCAUCAGUUUGAGUCCUCAUCACUCACGCCAACCACUUCCUCUGCGCCCACUGUAUCAUGCUCCACCACACCAGCUACAACUCCCUCCAAGACGAGCUCUCCCACACCGGCUUCCGCCAUGCCAAUCUCCACUAUACCAGUCAUCACCCCCACCAGGACGAUGACACCCGCUAUGUCCAGCUCCGCUAUAGCGGCUCCCGCCCUACCAGUCACAACCCCCACCAGGACGAUUGAACCUGCUAUGUCCAGCUCCGCUAUAGCGGCUCCCGCCAUACCAGUCACAACCCCCACCAGGACAAUUGAACCCGCUAUGUCCAGCUCCGCUAUAGUGGCUCCCGCCAUACCAGUCACAACCCCCACCAGGACGGUUGAACCCGCUAUGUCCAGCUCUGCCAUAGCGGCUCCCGCAGCUAUCACCCCUGCCAGAAUGGUGGCUACCAUGACGCCUAGCCAAACCACACCAGUUACUUCUGCCACACCCAAUGUGGUCAUCACUCCCAGUCCAGCUGAUUCAGUUGUCCCUCCGAAUUCCAGCAACAUAGAUAUCGAACCACCUGCUAAGCGUCAGAAAAAGAGCCGAGGUGGUCAUGCAGGUGUCAAGGUAGUUGAGUCACACACUCCCACUGUGGGUCGAAGUAAACGUCAACGAUUCCAGUCAACUCGGGCGGCUGCUGCCAACGCUAUUGGUUAA